UCGUCAUCCUUGUCCCGUCCCUUCAGUGACGCAGGAAAGAUCUAGCCAAUCACUAAGGAGGAACCCCGGAAGGGGCUGGAGGGACGCUGCAGGCGGCGAGAUGUCCUGGCCCGGCCUUCUUUAUGGCCUCACCACGUCCCUCAGUCGUGGCCUAGCCCUCGCUCCCCAGCUCUGGGCCGCCCGUUCCAUGGCCACCCUGAACCAGAUGCACCGCUUAGGCCCCCGGAAGGAACCUCCUAAGCGCCUGGGCCCCACAGAGGGCCGGCCCCAGCUGAAGGGUGUGGUGUUGCGCACAUUCAUCAGGAAACCGAAGAAGCCCAACUCCGCCAACCGCAAGUGCUGCCGAGUCCGCCUCAGCACAGGCAAAGAGGCUGUCUGCUUCAUCCCCGGGGAGGGCCACACCCUGCAGGAGCACCACGUGGUCCUCGUGGAGGGUGGUCGCACCCAGGACCUGCCUGGGGUCAAACUCAAGGUUGUGAGGGGCAAGUAUGACUGCGGCCACGUGCAAAAGAAGAAAUGAUGGUAAUUCACAGUGGUCUGGCACUCGAUCCCUGGAAACGGGUUCUUCCUACUCCAGGGGCAGCUUUGGGUCUUGGGCUCAAAUCUUACUGUGAUUCAGCAAGACUGCUGUUAACCUGCAAGAGUACUGAAGGGGAAUUGGAAGGCAGUACCCCUGUGCCCUCUCCCUUGGCGUCCUCGUUCAGUGUCUGCCUGUUGACCUCAGGUGCUGGGAUGGGGUUUGUAAUAAACAUCUUCAGGUUGUAAUGUUA